AUGCUCAAGGGGAACACUAACACUGCAGCAGGUGAAGGUGUCAAUGGAACGGAAAUUGCUGGCAUAAUUUCCUCCUAUUUGCUUUAUAUAAAGGCUGUUUUGGUGGGAAAACAUGACGAUGCCAGCUCUCUAUUGGCACUGAUAAAACUGUUUACAGACUCCGAUCUUCACGUGUUGUUGAACAUACUGAAGGCGAUCUACCUUCCUUAUGAAACUUUUAAACAAAGGAAUGGGCAAAUGGAUCGUGUAGUGCUAUCUGAUAAGAUUGCAGGACUUGAUCUUAGAGGAGUUACUACUCGCAUUAUUGGUGUCCUGGGAGUCGAACUCAAUGAAAUGGUUCGGAGGAUGGAAGAGUCUGUCCCACUAGUCAUUCUACUUCUUGAAGCAGCUGCUGAGAGAUGCAUUAACUUCGUUGGUGGUUCUGAGGCCGAUGAGUUGAUUCACGUGCUCGAUGACACAUUGCAAAAAUAA